GAGGCUGGGUCGCUGUCGGCGGCAGCCAUCUUUGUUGAUGUGUCAGCUCUUAGGUGCUCUGGGGAGCCGCCGCAGGAGGAGGAGACGGGGGGGCACCCUGGCGCCAUGAAGGAGCCGCUGCUACGGCUGCCCCGGCUCCCGCCCUCCGAAUAGGCUGAUUCAUAAAAGGGAAGGAUGGAAGUGUGUUUAUCAGAAAUGCAGCAGAGCAUAUUGGAGCCAGUUAAUCCAUCAAAGGAAGAAAGUACACCUGCCAGCACAAGCAAUACCUCUGAAGGGAAGGACUGCUCAGAUGUUGGCUAUACUGGAGAAGAGGAUUCCAGCUUGGAAAGGGCACCGAAAUUGUUGGCAUCAAACCAUAAUGGAGCAGCUAUUGACAUAAGAGGGGAUGGACUCGUAACUGAAGCACAGGAGCGACAGCUUUUACCUAAUUAUAGUGGAGCCGGAGACUGCUGUGCUAAUACGUGUUCUGAAAGACAAAUAAAAGACUGUGUGAAUGCAGAACACUUGCCUGGUGGAGGUUUUGAACAACAGGUUUCAAAAAAUGGCACAGAACAAUCCCUAAUGGAAAUACUGCAGGAGCUAAGGGAAGAGUCUGAUUUUACAAAAAAAUCUAGCAAUAGAAUCUAUUCAGAAAGCCCUUAUGACACAGACUGUACCAAGAAACUUAUUUCCACAAUACAGCAAUCAUCACAGGAGGCUUUUCUAGAAGAAAUAGAAUCUGAACUGUUAUCUACAGACUUUACAAAAGAGCACAAGAUCCCAAAUGGGAUGAGGAAAGGUGAACAUGCCUUAGCGACAUUUGAAAAAUGCAUGCAAGACAGAUACUUCCAACAGGAGCAAACUAUAAAGAAAUUGAUUAAAGAAAACAAAAAACAUCAGGAACUUAUUUUAGAUAUUUGUUCAGAAAAGGACAAGUUAAAAGAUGAAUUGAAAAAACGAACAGAAACGGAAAAGCAGCAUCUCAACAUUAUUAAACAGUUAGAAUCAAGAAUAGAAGAGUUCAAAAAAGAAGUUAAAACUGCUAAAGACAAACUUGUAAACCAAGAUGCUGCAGCCAAAAAUACUAUACAGCAAUUGCAUAAAGAAAUGGCAUUUCGUAUGGACCAGGCAAACAAGAAAUGUGAAGAGGCACGGCAAGAAAAGGAAACUAUGGUAAUGAAAUAUGUUCGAGGAGAAAAGGAGUCUCUAGAUCUCCGAAAGGAAAAGGAGUUACUGGAAAGACGACUAAGAGAUGCAAAUAAAGAAAUUGAAAAGCAUGUGAAUAAAAUCAAACAACUUUCUCAGGAAAAAGGAAGAUUGCAUCAGCUCUAUGAAACCAAGGAGGGUGAAGCCACUAGAUUUAACAGAGAAAUAGAAAAAUUGAAAGAAGAAAUUAAUUCUCAUGUCAUCAAAGUAAAAUGGGCCCAAAACAAAUUGAAAACCGAAAUGGAUUCACACAAGGAAACCAAAGAUCGACUCAAAGAUGCAACGACAAAGUUAACUCAAGCAAAAGAGGAGGGAGAGCAAAUACGGAAAAACUGCCAAGAAAUGAUAAAAACAUACCAAGUAGGCAUACUUUCUCAUGAGGAGUCAGAAGAAAUUAAAUCAAAUGAACUGGAUGCAAAACUCCGAGUGACAAAGGGAGAACUAGAGAAGCAAAUGCAGGAAAAGACUGAGCAGCUGGAGGUACACUAUGCCAAAAUAAAAGAACUGGAGGACCUGAAGAGGACAUUUAAAGAGGGUAUGGAUGAGCUGCGUACACUAAGAACAAAGGUAAAGUGUCUGGAAGAUGAACGGUUGAGAACAGAAGAUGAAUUAACAAAGUACAAAGAAAUUAUUAAUCGGCAGAAGGCUGAGAUUCAGAAUUUACUGGAUAGAGUGAAAAUUGUAGAUCAGCUGCAAGAGCAACAUCAAAGAGAGGAACAAGAAAUCAGCACUUUGAAGGAAGAACUGGACAGCUUGAACUCUCUGAUUACUGAUCUCCAAAAGGACAUUGAAGGCAGUAGGAAAAGAGAAUCUGAGCUGCUUGUAUUCACUGAAAGACUAACUAGUAAGAAUGCACAGCUGCAGUCCGAAACCAACUUCUUACAGACUCAGCUCGAUAAGCUCACCUACAGCGAAAGAGAGUUACGGAGCCAGCUGGAAAUCGUGAAGCAGACUAAAGAUGAUCUGGCAAACAAACUGCAAAAAGAGGAAGAGCUACACAAACAUGAAGUCCAGACGCUGCAGUCAGAGGUUGCUUCUCAACAGAAAGAAUUAACAGCACUGAACACCCAAGUAGAUGAAUUAAAAGACGAGUUAGUUACUCAAAAGCGUAAACAGGUGGCAAAUCUUAAAGACCUCACCAAGCAACUUCAGCAAGCACGAAAGAAAUUGGAUCAGAUUGAAAAUGGCAGUUACGAUAAAGAAGUUAGCAGUAUGGGGAGUCGUUCCAGCUCAUCAGGGUCCCUUAAUGUUCGAAGCAGCAAUGAAGAUCGCUCACCUGAGAAUACUGGAUCUUCAAGAACUGUGGAUAACUUCCCAGAAGUGGACAAGGCUGUCUUGAUUGAGAGAAUAGUAAAACUACAGAGGGCUCAUGCUCGGAAAAAUGAAAAGAUGGAAUUCAUGGAGGAUCACAUUAAGCAACUGGUGGAAGAAAUCAGAAAAAAAACCAAAAUUAUUCAGAGUUACAUUUUGAGGGAAGAAGCUGGCACGCUGUCCUCAGAAGCCUCUGACUUUAACAAAGUUCAUUUGAGCAGGCGUGGUGGCAUCAUGGCAUCCCUGUACACAUCGCAUCCUGCAGAUAGUGGGCUCACAUUAGAACUCUCUCUGGAGAUAAACAGGAAACUACAGGCUGUGCUAGAGGAUACUUUAUUAAAGAAUAUUACACUGAAAGAAAAUCUGCAGACACUAGGAACGGAAAUAGAACGGCUUAUUAAGCAACAGCAUGAACUAGAACAGAGGAUGAAGUAAGUGUAACCAACUAUGGAACAGUUAGAACAAAGAAGGAGGUGCUACAGACCAUCAUUCUGAAGUUUCUCCUGUAAACUGAGUGUCAACCAAUGGCAGGGCCCAGUCCAGCAAACCUUUAACCACACAAGUUGUCCUUCUUGACAUGAGAGUUGGCGUGAAUUUUGUUUUGCCUCAGCUAUUGAUGAACUUUACUGUAGGCUACAUUCUCUGUAGAGCUCUUCUCUGAAACGAGGGCAUCCAGAUGUUUUGCAGUGUGCACUACAUGUAAAGUACACUUCAGUGAGAUUUUAAUUUCUGCAUUGUGCAAUUAAACAGCCUGCUAAUGAUUAAGCUGGGGGGGGGGAACCCAAUUGAUUUGCUGUGGAACAUAUCCAGCGCUACUGAGCUUCCUGGGCUUUCAGACAUCUUCCCUAUUCUAUAAGCAUUUGAUAUAUUUAAAUUAAGUAAUUAAUAUAUGCAUGGGAAAGGCGCUUCAUAAUUAACUUUUGUAAAAAUAAUUAAGGAUACGAUGCAUAUUUUACCCAUGGACAAAAGUUUAAUGGCUUCCCUGGAAACUUACUAUGAAUUGACUUAAAAAAAAAUAGCAAGAAAUUAGAAUAAGAAGCUUCUGCAGCUGAUACUAGGCAUUUUCAGUUAUAUCAGAGUGAUCAACUCAUCACAUUUUUCAUAAAAUCCAGAUCUAUAGACUUAUUAAUCUGAAUAACUUUGAACUCAGGUAGAUUCUGUAAAAUAAGUUUGAUUUUCAAUAUAAUUAACCAUUUUAAAGUGUGUGAGUUAAGUUGUCCACUAUUUAAUAUACAUACUCCCUGAUUCCAAGACAUUCUGAUCCCUUAAAAAUAAACCUUCCCAACUUGCUUAGUCAUUUUAAUUGUAAGGUAUAGCUCAGCUUGUCAAACUCACCAUAAAAGAUAAAGUAUAUUUGAAUGGUGAAUUUUAAUUUAUUGGUUAAACUGUAGAAGCCAUACAAAAAUCAGACACUUUCAACUUUAAUUAUGAGUGAUUACAGCCUGUCAAAAUGAUUUAAUUGUGACCAUAGCUUGAAAUUUCAGUUGAUAUCUCUACCCUUCGUUUACAAAAUGAUAGGGAAAUAAGAAUGGUGUUGCCUUAAGGCAGAGUCACAAUAUUUUCUACAGUUUAAUAUUAAAUAAAGGUAACUUUGAUAGACUGGAAUGGUUCCGUUCCUACAGUAAAUGUUUAUUUUAUGGAAUUAGUGCCCAUAUAAUGCCUCUGAGUCAAACCAAUUCAUCUUGUAAAUAUAUAUUUAGGGUUUAUACUGUAUUUAUUAAAUAUUUGCACUUCCUGUUGUCAUAAAAGUAUUUAGGUGCACAUAUACAAAUGACACUCCACAAUUUAACAGUAGCCAUUUUAUUAAUUUGAAAGGCCACGUAUAUAAAACCUUAUUUCAGUGUUGUCCAUUAAUCUCUUAAUGUUUCUCAUACCCAUUCAUCUCCCACUUUCUUACUUAAUGUGCAAACUUAACUCUAAUUUUCAAACAGAGAAAAAGUUACCAAGAUAUCUAAGUAAUGUAGGUGUCUAUAUAUAAUUUUCUAAAGCCUCUAAAUCACUUUGGCCCUUCUGAAGAUUUUACCUUUAAGUGAUUAACUUGAUCUAUGAGAAUAAACUAUGAAAUUUUUGUUCCUGUAUGUAAAAUUAAGCAACAUGCAUAACUGCUUGCAGGAUCAAGUCCAGAUCUACUUAGAAUUCCUUAUGAAUCCUGAAUAUUUGUCAUUUUUAUUUUAAAAUCAAGCAUUGAUUUGGAAGAAGGCAAAAACUACUGACUUCAACCUUGGAGGAAGGUUUGAGAAAAUGUGCCCCACUUUUAAUGUUAGAGCGUUUUUUAUUACCUUUUUUCUAGAUCUAAGAACAUAUAAAUCAGUCCUGCAGCCUGAAAGCUUACACAGGCUGUCUCCGAUUAUCUCUCCUUUACUAUGAGGGCUGGUAGUGUGUAUGAAACUGUUAACUUUUUAAGGAGAAAAUCUUAGUUUCAUUGAUUUCAAUGGGAGUUGUGCCACUGGGUAAAAUUCUGGCCCCUCUUGAAGUUGAGUGGACUGGUACGUUUGCCUGAGAGAAUUAGACCCUAUGGCAGAACAAAGUGUUCAGGAACAAAGGUCACGUGUCCAAAUAACAUAACUCUUUACUUUUUCACAUCUACGUGUACCAGAUCUGUUGUUUGCAUGCAUUGAAAAAAA